CACAGACUAACCUGGAGUACUUCUCGACCUUUCAAGCACAGCGGAGGUUCCAGAUGCCAACUCGUGGCUUGCUUAUCUAAUCUCCGCUGCACGCGUCGGGCGCGUCCAGACCUCAUCCCAGGAGCGAGCAGCAACCUCCUUGUGGAAUCAUGUUUUGGAUAAUCUGCUGAUUAUCGGGACUGCUGCCUGCAAAUUUGUGUUUCAUUUCUUGAGAACGUGGCGAGAAUGGCGGUGGUGUUACCCAGUGAUGUUUGGUAUAUCAUCUUGGGCUUCUUAAAGGCCGAGAGAGACUAUAAUACCAUAUUCCAAUGCGCCGUAUCAUCUCACAUCUUGACAGAGCCAGCGAUUACUGUUCUAUAUCAAUUGUAUGACACCUCGCCGGUCACAGGCGGCGGACCAGAAGACGAACAAUUUAAAUCGAGAAGGACGGCAGUCUCUUUAGCAAGCGCCAGAAGCGAACAGGAUGCUGUUGUCAGAAAAUGGGCCCUUAUGUGGCGCUCGAUUAUCUUGUCGACUUUCGACAAAACAUACUUGCCCUACUACAGUUACAUCCGUGAGCUGGAUCUCACGGACCUAACGAACUUAAUCAGCGAUUCCAGAUUCACUGGGAAGAUCAGAGAUGAGUUUUUCUCUGGGGAGCUCGGAGACUACGCCUUCCGAGACCAGGCAGAGUACGAGUUAAAGGGAAAUAAGCGUCUGCGUUCUUCCAAGUCAUCUAUCGACACAGCAGCUAUUGGGGAAAGACUGGGUGCAGCUAUUGUCAAAAAAGCAACAGCAGUCAGGGAAUUGUCAGGAAACGUUUCACCUUCGUCGCUUUCUGAAUGGGUUCGGGGAUUGGCCCAAUUGCAAGCGCUGUCACUAUGGUCAGGGAACGCUUUAAGUCAGCAGGCUGAAGUCGAGAUCAAGGCUCAUUGUCCAGAGUUCAGGAAAUUAACCUUGUUCAGAUGGAUGGAUUCUCCGACGGAUAAGGCAGAGUUGACAUGCGAACGCUUUCUGAAUGGGCUCCGACCACAUAGCCUAGAAUAUUUCGAAGUAAUCAGUCUGUCUCAACUGGGCCCGCGCUCGAUCAAGGCAUUCGGUAGCCAUUUGGAUUCACUCACGGAGCUCAAGUUGACAAGCCUACAAAUUGACGCGAUUGCGGAACUUCCUUCCCUCACAUCGCCUCCGGCGCUGAGAGUUUUAGCUCUAACAGACUCUGCCCCGGCAUUAAGGGACGAAAAGUUUUAUUCAAUUGUGAGAGAUGUCGCGGAAUGGAUGUGCUCCUGCAAAAAUCUAAGGCUGCUAGCACUUCGAAGAUUUCUUGAUGACCCGGCCCUCUUAUCGCAGGCGCUCAGCGAUGAUAGGUUGCGGUUGACAAAACUCUCAGUGGAAGGAUACACGAUGCAAACAAGCCGUGCGUUCCACGAGGCUUUGGCUUCUCAGACUUCCUUGCAGAGCCUGUACCUUCAAGGUGAUUCUUCCGAGUUUCCUGAUGAUCAGGCGAUCCUUGUCCAAGCUCUGGGACAACUCAGCAACCUCCGCGAGCUCGAAUUAAAAGAUAUCUCGGAGAAUUUCACCCCAGAUCACGUAAUAACGCUCACACCAUACCUUCCCCAACUGGAACGUCUCUGGAUAAGUGGACACGACUUCGAUGACGAAGUGUGGAAUGCAUUCUUAGCCCUGCCUAAGCUACGCGUCUUAAUUAUUCAUGCUCUAAGUGACUUUACGGCUGAAGGCAUCCUGGACUUUAUAUCGCAGUUGGGACCCGGCAAUAGAGGUCUGCACUUGUCGAUACUAAACGCACUGUCAGAUGCCAAUAUCACAGAGGAAGCACAAACAGUAAUAGGCGAGACAUUAGCACAGAAUUUGGGUGGGACUUUUGAUUUUGGCCUUGCCCAAGAGGAGUACACGGACUCCGAGUCGGAAGAAGAUUAAUGCUUUUGUCUACAGAACUUGGGGUUUCACCUACCACCUAGACAGCUAGGUACAAUCUUAGUCUAGUCUGUGUCCAUCAGCAUACCUAGAAAUUCUGUGUUAUCUUGAGUCGUGUAAUCUGUCAGAAUACAAACUCGGUGUCGAGUAGAUUGGACUAAACGGG